GCUUGAUGCUUCGAAACACUAACGAAGCUAUGCCAAAGGUCAAAGUGCUCACGUCACUACUUGAUGACGUAUACUUAUCCGAGCUUACAAGGUGCCAGGUAUGUGAGGAAAGGGCGCCUUAGAAAUAUCAAUUGCAAAGCUUAGGAAUCUAUAUAAAGUUCUAUUCAAGGAAUGAAAAAAGACACACUUGUAUGGCGAUAGAACGUCCUUCAUCUUCACUGCAGAUUCUUUCUGAACUUAACCAUAAAGACAUUCAGAAUCAGUUACAUUGAUUCUCAGCGUUUUCAUGGACGCCACAGAGAUGACACUCGAGAAGGUGUCACAUCCUAUCCAAAUCCGCUUCUCAUUCCCUCCAUACCCAGAUGCAGACCUAAAGACUAUCCAAGUUGACCUACCAGAAGGGGCUUUGCUGUUGGAUGCUAUUCGUCAAAGUUGCGUCGAACAUCAUGUUCCUGUAUAUCUUGAGCAUUCAUUCCUUUCAACAGCACAGAAUCUUAUACAAGAAACACGUAGGGCAACCAUUAACCACUAUAAAAAGCGCGUUAAUGAGAAUAUCUUUGCUAAGCGCCUUCCUGCAGCUGAAGGUGCUGAUGUGGAUAUCCCGAUAGUCGCUGGUAGCGAAAAUAAUGUGGUAACCCGAGAUUUGACCACUGAGAGUUCCACAAAAGAUAAGGAAGAGAAAGAGGACAAGGAAUUGCGAGAGUUACAAAAGAAUAUCAUUGCCAACUACAGAACUUACACAAGACAGUUUUAUACACAACCAGAAGAGAACCUGUUCCCAGAGGCAUAUCAUACGCUUGUUCAUUCGCCUAUACCAUCUCUCUUUGACGCCAUCUUGGAACUUGAGCGAGAGUACGCUGGAGAAGUUGACGCGCUUCUGAGUGCUCGCGACGCGGAGAUCAAUGAAAUCCAGACAAAACACAACAAUGCACUAGCUAGUGAUACACCUCAACGUAAUUUAACUCACCUUAUGACACGACAUAUCGAGAGAAUGGAGGUUUCGCAAGCGACUUGGAAUAGCCAGCUUGAUGAUUUGCAAUCUGCGCAGAGAACAAAAUAUCAGGAAUUCAUUCUAGAACUCUUUGAAAUCUAUAAACGACAGCAUUUGUAUGCAAAUCACAGCGCACAGACUGGAGGCGCCUCUGAUGGCGUACUACUCAAUGGGAAGGAUAUGGUUGAAGAAGCUAUGCGGACGAUAGGCGCCCGUAUCUCCAAUGUUGAAAGCACUUUGCCUGAUCAACAGACCAAAACCUUUACAGACGGUGAACGUCAGGAAUCAUCGAUAGUUCCUCAACCUCAUGCAACUGCAUCCCAGACAUCACAGUUAGGAACUAUGUCACAAAGUUUGCUGGAUCAGCCCGUUGAGGCUACCAUUGGCACUUCACCGAUAGCUCAGGUCACGGAUACUCCAAUUGAGUGUACAAAGAACGAAGUGAAUCCAGAGCUUCAGCGGAUGAUUAAAUCAAUCUUAGAGAUGGGUUUUGACGAAGAGCAAGCAAAAGGAGCACUACUGAUUGCUAAUCGUGAUAUGGACCAUGCCAUCAACCUACUCUUGGAACAACCCGAAAACAUCCAACGCCUCGUACUUGCAAAACAAAAAACAGAUGCAUUAAAAGAGAGAGUUAGAGCACGGGGUCAAUCAUCACCACAACAGCCAUCAACUUCUCUAAUUGGCGCUAACACUGUAAACAGUGCUAUAUCUACACAAGCUUCAAAGGUUCAACAAGCUGGUCGAGCAGCAGAAAGAUCGGCCUCAGUAUCCUCCCCAAGGCCGUUGAGCGGGAUGUUCAAUCAUGGACCUGGAGCAAACGCCGCACAACAAAAACCAUGGUCACCCUUACCAUUCCUUCAACAGAAGAAUGCAUUGCUGAGCAACAGUACAAGUCCAUCGGUCAAAAAAUUUGGGGGCUGGCUCAAUAAAGCUAUCGAGAAUCUCGGUCUUGAUGACGACUUUGACGAUUCAGCAUCCAGAAAUAGCGGUAAUUCAUACAAUAGCCGACUGGUUCGACCGCCUGUCCCAAAAUCCAACCUCGAUGAAUCGUUCACUGUGGUCUUAGGUAGCAGCCAUUCUAAGGUCACCCAUAAUCUACGGCUCAUGGUGUCAGAUCCUGCUGAAGUGUUUCCAAGCCAUCGAAACAAAUCAGAACAAGAUGCAGCCAUUCAUGCUCAGACGGCCUCUUCGCUUUACGGACAAAAUUUAACUGGCCUUGUUCUAUUAGUCAAUAUCAAUGACUGGGCAAAGUACAAAUUUGGACGGACCUGUCAUCAGGAAUUCUUCAAGGCAUGUCAAACCAGCACUGAGUUACAUUUCGACAGCAUCGAAAGGCAGCUAGAAACUCUGGAAGCAGAAUUCCCACUUGAUGGCUCGACUAUCCAGGAGGGUGAUUUUAUUCUCACAAGGCAUUCAAAUCUACCCAUGGUUCAUGUUGUAUUUCAUCUCUUUUAUGGUCAGACUCCGAAAACUAAUCCUUCGGGCGACUCUUCUACUCCACAAGCACCAUUAACGCAUCAACCCAUCAUGUUCAGCCAAUCUGCUGACUUUGUCCCUAAGCCUAAUUUCCUCACUGGCUUACGAAAUAUCAUUAGAAUAGCUCAUCGCUAUGAAAUAACCAUGCUCUCUAUCCCCUUCCUUAUGAUGCCUUCAGGAUUUGAGAGCCAGCUCGUAGCCUCUAUGACUCAUGAAACAACAAUAUCAUCAUCAUCUCGACAUCAGCGCCAUGGUUCUAAUUAUGGGUCGUCGUCCCUAUCAACAGUACCAACGACAUCAUUGGCAUCUUCGUCCUCGUUCACAAGGGUUUCAAACAAUGUCAUUGACAAUAGUCACUUCAAUAAUAACGGUGGUGGAGUUGUCUACUACAUCACCGAUCAAACUCGUCGUGACCUCCAUCGCCGAUCCGAGCUGUUGUUAAGGCACCUAAAGUCCUUUUUAAUGGAUAGUGCACGACAAGUGAAGCAAGUUGGAAACCAAGGCAGCGAAGCUGAGAAGUUUAGAGCAUCGCAAGGCGGAGAUAUCAAAGUCAUUCAGUUCCUGUUGCCAAAAGGCACUAAUGAUGAGAUGUUUAGGGCGUUCAGAUCACUUUUAGUCAAUGUUUUUGGUGGUGCAUAG